AGAUGGCUAACAGCUAGAGCAGGCUGUCCUCGGAGGGCCUGAGACACACAGGUUUCACAACCAGAAAUGCAGGGGUUCAAAUCCCAGACCUGCUACUUACUGGCUGUGACCUUAAGCAGUGCACUUAACCUCUCUGGGCCCCAAUCUUCUCAUCUGCAAAGUGGGUGUCCUCAGUGUCUGCCUCAUAGAGUCAGUAGAGGAUAAGUGAGAUGAUCUCCGUACAGCCCUCAGCACAGGUCUGACACACAGUAGGCAUUCAGCAAACUGUAAGUGCCUUGUAAUGGUAAUGACUACCCUCCGUGGGCUCAUUCUCUCUGGGACCAAGAGGCCGACAAAUGGAUCUGAUCACUGGGAAGUGCUGCUUGGCUAGAGGUUCUCCCCUGAGGAUCUGGGGUCCUGAAUGGUGUUGGGCCACCUGGGCCUUGGGUGGGCUCUAGCCAGACGAGCAUUCAUCCCCUCCUGAGUCCCAGAGCACAGAAUAUCAGAAUUGGACAGAAAAUAUCUGCCCUCCCUUCCUAUUAUAAAGAGAAACUGAGGCACAGAAAGGCGCAGACAGUGACCCAAGGGUCCAGCAGGAGCUACUGGCAAAGCCAGGGUUUCCCCAACCAGGCUCAGUCAUGGCUGGUGGCCAGCAACUCACCUCCCUAGGAGGCUGAGGCGGCCCAUGUAGGUGUGGAGUGGGAAAUGGGGGCCAGCCUUUAUCUGCUGCUCCCUUCUGCCCUCUUGCUCCUGGCUUCACCCAGGGAAGGGGGGGAUGAUUAGAAAGUCGAGGGCAUUCUGCUUUUUUCUCCUUACUAAUCGCCCCCUUUGUCCUGUGGGUUUCGUUUGUUUUCCUCAUCUCUGGACCCCCAUUUGCCAUAAGGAAAACAGAUGUUCGAGGACAGAAAUGGAAAGACCCCAGCUGGGAGGCUGCAGAUAGUGCAUCAGCUGGGGUGGCGUUGGGCGGUGUGGAACAGGGACCUACAUAGAGGCUGAGGUUUCUUAUAUAAGGAAAGGCUGGAGGUGGCACUCCAGGCCUCUGUGGCACCACUGGGGACCCCAGCUCCCUGGUCUCUCGGCCCUGCCAUCCUUAGCAGGCAGCUUUAGCCCUCAUGUGUGGUCACCUCAUGGUAUCGCCUUGGCUGCCCCACCUCCCACUUUAUCUCCACAUUCCAGGCGGGAGGAGGAGAAGGGCAGAGGGCUCCCCAAUCACUUCUGCCCACAUCUCAUUGGCCAGAACCAGGUCACAUCACAGGGCCACCUCUAGCUGCAAGAGAAUCUGGGAAGCUGAGCAAUUCAAACCAGGCACACUGCUGCCCCCCACACAACUGGGGUUCUGCCGUACAGAAGAGGAGACUGGAUCUUUGGAGACAUUCCAUCUCCAGACAGCCAGAGACACUCCAGAAUGGAGGUCCUGAGGGAGAAGGUGGAGGAGGAGGAGGAGGCCGAGCGGGAGGAGGCGGCCGAGCGGGCUGAAUGGGUGAGGAUGGAGAAAAUGAUGAGGCCAGUCGAGGUGCGGAAGGAGGAAACCACCUUGAAGCAGGAGACGCUCAGAGACCUGGAGAAGAAGCUGUCGGAGAUCCAGAUCACCGUCUCAGCGGAGCUGCCGGCCUUUACCAAGGACACUAUUGACAUCUCCAAGCUGCCCGUUUCCUACAAAACCAACACACCCAAGGAGGAACACCUGCUGCAGGUGGCAGACAACUUCUCCCGCCAGUACAGCCAUCUGUGCCCGGACCGUGUGCCCCUCUUCCUGCACCCCCUGAAUGAGUGUGAAGUGCCCAAGUUCGUGAGCACAACCCUCCGGCCCACACUGAUGCCCUACCCCGAGCUCUACAACUGGGACAGCUGUGCCCAGUUUGUCUCCGACUUCCUCACCAUGGUGCCCCUGCCUGACCCCCUCAAGCCGCCCUCGCACAUGUACUCCUCGACCACUGUGCUCAAGUACCAGAAGGGGAACUGCUUUGACUUCAGUACGCUGCUCUGCUCCAUGCUUAUCGGCUCUGGCUAUGAUGCUUACUGCGUCAACGGCUACGGCUCACUGGACCUGUGCCACAUGGACCUGACGCGGGAGGUGUGCCCACUCACUGUGAAGCCCAAGGAGACCAUCAAGGAGGAGGAAAAGGUGCUGCCUAAGAAGUAUACCAUCAAACCCCCCAGGGACCUGUGCAGCAGGUUUGAGCAGGAGCAAGAGGUGAAGAAGCAGCAGGAGAUCAGAGCCCAGGAGCAGAAGCGGCUGAGGGAGGAGGAGGAGCGCCUCAUGGAGGCGGAGAAGGCAAAGCCGGAUGCCCUGCAUGGCCUGCGGGUGCACUCCUGGGUCCUUGUGCUAUCGGGAAAGCGCGAGGUGCCUGAGAACUUCUUCAUCGACCCAUUCACAGGACAUAGCUACAGCACCCAGGAUGAGCACUUCCUGGGCAUCGAAAGCCUGUGGAACCACAAGAACUACUGGAUCAACAUGCAGGAUUGCUGGAACUGCUGCAAGGACUUGAUCUUUGACCUGGGUGACCCUGUGAGGUGGGAGUACAUGCUCCUGGGGACUGAUAAGUCUCAGCUGUCCUUGACUGAAGAAGACGACAGUGGGAUAAACGAUGAGGAUGAUGUGGAAAAUCUGGGCAAGGAGGAUGAGGAUAAGAGCUUCGACAUGCCCCACUCGUGGGUGGAGCAGAUUGAGAUCUCCCCGGAAGCAUUUGAGACCCGCUGCCCAAACGGGAAGAAGGUGAUUCAGUACAAGAGGGCAAAGCUGGAGAAGUGGGCCCCGUACCUCAACAGCAAUGGCCUUGUGAGCCGCCUCACCACCUACAAGGACCUGGAGUGUACCAAUAUUUUGGAGAUAAAGGAGUGGUACCAGAACCGGGAAGACAUGCUGGAGCUGAAACACAUGAACAAGACCACAGACCUAAAGACAGACUACUUCAAGCCCGGCCACCCCCAGGCUCUGCGCGUGCACUCGUACAAGUCCAUGCAACCUGAGAUGGACCGUGUCAUUGAGUUUUACGAAACGGCCCGUGUGGAUGGCCUGAUAAAGCGGGAGGAGACACCCAGGACAAUGACAGAGUACUAUCAAGGACGCCCAGACUUCCUCUCCUACCGCCAUGCCAACUUCGGACCCCGAGUCAAGAAGUUCACUCUGAGCAGUGCAGAGUCAAACCCCCGGCCCAUUGUGAAAAUCACAGAGCGGUUCUUCCGCAACCCAGCGAAGCCCGCGGAGGAGGACGUGGCAGAGCGCGUGUUUCUGGUUGCGGAGGAGCGCAUCCAGCUGCGCUACCACUGCCGUGAGGACCACAUCACCGCCUCCAAGCGCGAGUUCCUGCGGCGCACCGAGGUGGACAACAAGGGCAACAAGAUCAUCAUGACGCCCGACAUGUGCAUCAGCUUCGAGGUGGAGCCCAUGGAGCACACCAAGAAGCUGCUCUACCAGUACGAGGCCAUGAUGCACCUGAAGAGGGAGGAGAAGCUGUCCAGACAUCAGGUCUGGGAGUCAGAGCUGGAGGUGCUGGAGAUUCUGAAGCUUCGAGAGGAAGAGGAGGCAGCGCACACACUGACCAUCUCCAUCUAUGACACCAAACGGAAUGAAAAGAGCAAGGAGUAUCGGGAGGCCAUGGAGCGCGUGAUGCAUGAAGAGCACCUGAGGCAGGUGGAGACCCAGCUGGACUACCUGGCCCCAUUCCUGGCCCAGCUCCCGCCAGGAGAGAAAUUAACACGCUGGCAGGCGGUGCGCCUCAAGGAUGAGUGCCUCAGCGACUUCAAGCAGCGGCUCAUCAACAAGGCCAACCUCAUCCAAGCCCGCUUUGAGAAGGAGACCCAGGAGCUGCAAAAGAAGCAGCAGUGGUACCAGGAGAACCAGGUGACGCUGACACCCGAGGAUGAAGACCUGUACCUGAGUUACUGCUCUCAGGCCAUGUUCCGCAUUCGCAUCCUGGAGCAGCGCCUCAAUCGACACAAGGAACUGGCCCCACUGAAGUACCUGGCUCUGGAGGAAAAGCUCUACAAGGACCCACGCCUGGGGGAGCUCCAGAAAAUAUUCGCUUGAUGUCCCUCCUGUGGCCUCAGCCAGAGCUGCCAGAGAAAGGAAACCUCUUCCCGCAGCCUGGCUCCUGUGUUCCCUCUACCCAGCCAAUGCCUGUUUAUACAGACACCUGACCUCACUGCCAGCCCACCUCCCCUACAGCCCUGUUUGUUCCUGCUUCUCAUGAUUUUCCUGUAAAUAAACACACUCCUAAUUUGCCAUUUGUGCCUCCCACUUCACAAGC